AUGUUAACAAAUGGUCAUACUAAGAAUCAGUUAGUUGAAUUCUGUCGUCAUUAUUACCAUGGAAACAGAAAUCAAUUGGAGCUAGUCGAAGAAUUUGAACGAGAUUAUACUUCUGAAGAUGCUAUUAAAUGGAAGCAACAUCAGUAUGACAGAGAAUUAGAAUAUGAUUUAGAAACACUAUAUGCUCAACAAAAUGUUUUUGGCUCAAAUGGACAUCCCAAUGUUGUUUUAACUACACGAAAAAUUGGUUUAGCUUAUGAAAAUUUUGAAAAAUAUUCAACUGCACUGGAAUAUUAUGAAAAAGCAUUAGAGAUGAUUCAAAGGUUUCGAGCACCUGGCCAUCGUGAUAUAAUAGAAUUAAAGCGUGACAUCGCGAGAGUUAAGAGAUAAUAAUAAUAGUCAUCCUUACCUGUUGCCAAUAAGAAGUUUUCCAAAAAUUAUUCUUGUGCAUAAACGUUUUCACGCCUCAGUACGCAUUACAAUAUUAUAUACUAAUAGAAAACGAACACCUGUAGUUUUAUUCGUUCAGUUUUCUUUUAAUCCGUUGUUGCUAAUCGUCACUCUAAUCUUCUCUAAACAGAGCUAAACUGUUCCAAUCCAUGUCAGACGUUGACGCAUCUUUUUCUUCAAUUUACGUUCAGAAACUUAACAGAGGGUGUGGGUGUGGGGGUGUGGCUGGGAGGGUGUGGGUGGGCGUGUGUGUCGGUGUGGG